GGCUCUUAUGGAGGAUACCCUCGUCCAGUGAGAGAUGCUCUACGCUCUGUCCAAGACGCAGUCCAGGCUGAGCCGGAUAAUUUUGUUCGAUACACAUACCCGGGGAAGCUGGACAAUAUCCGUGCUCUGCUUGCAGAACAUCUGCACGCCGCCGACAAGGACGAGAUUGUCCUAGUACCGAAUGCAACAACAGCGUUGAACACGGUGCUUCGCAAUCUAAAGUAUGAGCCGGGAGACCUGAUUGCAUACGUACGAGGGACCUAUGGAGCAAUCGAGAAGACUGUGGAUUACCUUGUCGAAACUACACCUGUCAAGAGUGUUCUUAUUCCGUUUGAUCCUACCAUGGAUAAUGAUGAUGCACUUGUUGAGUCGUUUCGACUUGUGCUGCAGGAACAUCAUGGCCGUGUACGGGUAGCCAUCUUUGACACCAUCAUGAGCAUGCCUGGGCUCAGGAUGCCAUUUGAACGGCUAGCACAAAUCUGCCGAGACUUCGGGGUGCUGAGUGCCAUUGAUGGGGCGCACGGCAUUGGCUUGAUUGACUUGGAUUUAGACAGAUUGGGGGCUGACUUCCUGACGACAAAUUGCCACAAAUGGCUUUUCGUACCACACGCGUGUGCUGUGCUAUACGUCGCAUCAAGGAACCAGCAUCUGAUGCGAUCCUCUCUCCCCACGUCUCACGGCUUUCAGCCACUACCUGAGAUUCUGCACAAGAAGCAGUACAUGAGUCCAUACGAACUUCCAGCCUCUAUGAAUCCAUUCGUGUUCCAGUUCAGCUACACUGGGACCAUCGACAAUGGCCCCCCACUAUGCAUUCCCGCGGCAAUCAAGUUUAGAAAGGAGGUAUGUGGAGGGGAGGAAGCGAUUCGAACUUAUUGUCAAUCACUAGCCCGUGAAGGCGAGAAACUUGCAGUCGAGAUACUGCAGACGCGAGCGUUGCCUAUGCCAGAGUCGAAGCGAGUUGCUUUUGCCAAUGUCCAGCUUCCUAUCAAAAUCUCCCCCCUCGAUUCUGCGGAAAGGGGGGGACGUUCAGUCCCUUUGGCAGAUGUACCAAAGGUUAUUGACUUUAUUCUACGGAGACUUGCUCGGGACUAUAAUACCUUUGUUAAUAUUGCCUUCAUCUCGGGGGCGUUGUGGGCCAGAUUCUCGGCUCAGAUAUAUCUUGAGCUGCAAGAUUUUGAGUAUGGCGCCAAAGCGUUGAAAGAGCUGUGUGAGAAGGUUGCGAAGAGGGAAUAUGUACACUAG